CUAUCUGCUGCAAUGCUCCUCUGUUCAGAUAAAAAUGUCUUGACCUAGUAUUUCUCUUUCAUCUCCGGUUCUCCAAAACUAGAAAGAAGACAAUUUGCUUCUAUAUUUCUCUUUCUCUAUCCAGAAAAGGAAGGUGAAAGAUGAGUUUAACUCCAUUAAGAUUAACCUCUCUACUUAAUUACCCCAAGUUCCAAUCUUGUUCUUCCUCUUCUCCUCCACCACGACGUCUGGUUUCCCAUGGAAGAUCACCAGCCAAUGACUACAAACUCGUUUUAUAUGAUGCCUUGGAUUCUUCUGGAAUCGACACCACCCAUGCCAGAGAUGCGAGGAAGGGUUUCUUGACAGAGAUUGAGAAUUUAUCACAAAUAGAGAGGGCAGCGAGCAUUAGCAUUAAUAGAUGUGUGGAUUUGGGAAGAACUGCUCUUUAUAUAGCAGCUGAAGAUGAUUCGCUUGUAUCUCGCUCUUCAGUGCCACUUCCUGUGGAUGCUUUCAUUAAAGUUCUGGAUGAUCUUUCCUUAGGCUAUUGCUCUCACUACAGUUUAUCGUUUAGGGAUUCUCCUGAGAGUUUUAUUAACAGCUUGGAAACGUAUUUGUAUGUGAAGAAGGGUUUUCGGAGAACCAAUGCAAAGGACCAAUUAGACAUACAAGCUUUGUAUCUCCCUUCAGUUUUGAUGCAUCUUUCAGGUUCAGCUGCGCUGCUUUCACUUAUAUACUCCGAAGUCCUGAAAAUGCUCCGGUUAUGGGAUCUUUUUGAUUUUGAUUAUGAGAUAUUUUUCCCUCAUGAACUUCAUGCUCUUCCUAGAGGCUAUGACAAGCAGAAGAGCACUGAAUCUGAUCAAAAGCACAUCAUGAUAACACAAACACUGUUAGAGGAGAUUUUGAGAGAUUUGAAGGAGGCAUUCUGGCCAUUUCCAUUUGACAGCUCGAAGAGUUUAUUCUUAAGGGGAGCACAUGCUGCUAGUUAUAUUGAUAAAUCAAGUAAUGAUGGUGAAGAAAGUAGCUUUCAGCUUGCAUCCAUAAAGACUGCUCAAUACAGGUUCGCCACUAAUGUGCGUUUUGGGGAUAUGAGGCGUGCAUUAGCAGCAUGCGAACGUCUAAUACUCCUGGAAUCUGACCCAAAGGAAUUCAGAGAUUACAGCAUUCUUUUGUAUCAUUGUGGUUUUUAUGAAGAGUCAUGGAAAUUUCUAAAGUUAUAUGAAGACAUUAAGAGCUCUUCUUUAGAAAAACAAUCAUCCAACAAAUAUAGCAACCCAGAGGAAGAUGCUGCAGAGAAAUUGAUGAGUCGACUCAACUUCAUUUUAAUGGAGAAAAGUUGGAGUAAGCCUUCCAAUAGUUAGAUAUAGCCUUAUGUUCUCAUAUUCUAACAAAGCAUAACUAAUGAACUGCUUCACUGUCUUGAAUGAUCUAAAUUUGAGUGAAUUACAAUCUAGUUUCUGAAAUUACCCAA